UUCAGCAUCUGAUAGCUGUGAUACAAAUAAGCAAUCAGCAUGUAUUCUUUCAGAAAUAUCUCCAGAAUCUUCUGAGUUGGUUAAUUUAAAACAACAAGCUGCUUGGGACAAACGUGCAACACUUGCAUUACUAGCAUUAUAUGAAGCAAAUAUGGAAAACAUUGAUCACCCUAAAAAGAAGACCAAAAUAUGGUCAACAAUUUCCAUGGGCUUGCUCGAAUGUGGUAUUCAGGUGACUGAUCAACAAGUUCGUUGGAAGAUGAAUGCGUUAAUGAAGCGAUACAAAGAAGUCAUAGACAAUAAUUCGAAAUCGGGGAGAGGAACUAUAGAAUUCGAGUGGUUCCAGAUAAUGGAUAAUUUUUUGGGAAAAAAGGGAAGUGUAACAACCGCAGGAUAUACUAUAUCAUCAAAAGUAUGUUUAGAAAAAAUGGAACCUUCUACGUCACAGUCAUCAAUGAAAAAAUUUCAACGCAAUUCUCAAAAAGUGAGUGAACAAUCAGCAAUAACAAAUAUGGCUGAAAUAGAAAAGUCUUCUAGCAAUAGUAACAUUGAAGGGAAUAAAACACUCACAACCCAUGGCACUGGAAGUAACAUUGCUAAAACAAAAAUUGAAUUAGAGAAACAAUGGUUGAAACACUUGCAACUAAAAGAAGAACGUGAUAUAACUAAGGAAGAAAGAAACAAAGAUUUGAUUGAAAGUAAAAAAGAAGCUUUGAAAUUGAAAAAGAAACACCUGGUUAUGAAAGCAAAAGAAAUGGAGCAAAAACAUGAUAUUGCUAUAAAUAAAAUGAGUGAAAAAAAGAAAAGACACGCUGACAUUAUGGGAAUUGAAAGAUUGAAAUACAAACUUUUAAAAAAAUUUAUAGAAAAAAAGGAAAACAUAAACAUUGACGUGUCAGAAGAGUCAGAUUGAAGAUGUAGUAAGGACGGUGAUUACUCGCAACAAUGAAAAUCCUGCCAAGUUUUUUAAUACAACUAUUUUAUUUCUUAUUAUUUUUGUUUUGGAUAUGUUAAAAUGUUUGAAAAUUUGUUUUAUGAAAUAACGAUCAUAAAAUGUUAUGAAAAUAACGAACAA